AUGAGUAAAAAUCCUCGAGUUCAAAAAAAACUCAAAGCUGAAUUGGGCGACAACAAACAUCAACGCCUGUCUAUUGAACAGCUCGACUCUCUUGAUUAUUUGAAUUGUGUUAUUCAAGAAGUAUUGCGUUUUUCUCCACCUGCCGUGACGACAUUUCGCACUGUAACUAUGGACGACCGACUACCCGCAAGUGGAGCUCAGUUGUAUAAAGGCGAUGAACUAAUGAUUAAUAUCUAUAAUUUAUCACGAGACAAACGCUAUUGGAAGAUCGAUCCAGAUCUAUUUUAUCCUGAACGAUUUCAAACUGAAGACAAAGAUCAUCAUCCAUAUGCAUUGAUUCCAUUCGGUGGUGGUCAUCGACAAUGUAUUGGACAAGAUUUAGCUCGAUUAGAAUUCAAAGCGAUCGCUAGCAGACUUAUGCAACAUGUGACUUUUAGUGAUGGUGGUCCAGAAGUUAAUGCAGGUGGACACAACCAAACACUUACACUCAUGCCUAAGAAUGUCGGUGUCAUUAUUACAUUCGACUAA